CUUUUCUUUGCCUUCGCGUUUGGUUUACUGUGGUCUCUUACUGAGUGGUUGUGAUAUGGGCAUCCAGCCACCUACGAGGUAUUUGCUUUCCAUUGCAGCUCCCCAGGUCUCUUAUGACCGUGCACGCUGGACAAGGAAGUCCUCGGAAUCCUUGACCGCACGUAUACUAAAAUAUCACAGCAAGAUAAGCUAUUAUACUGCAUACGUCACAUGAGCGGCAUUUUCACCUCUUUGAACAAUGGCUACCAAACAAUUGAGCACUCUGAAUCCGCGAAAUUUCAAAGAAAAGAUCGAGUUGCUGAAGAGAAAAGAAGCCGCAUCUACUGCCAAUUUUGCUGCUGCUAUUCGUGACGCUUGCGAAAUACGUCAAAUCGCUGUGGCUUAUGAUUUAGGGCGCCUAAAACCACUGAAUGCAGAGUCGACUUGUUUACCACUCGGGAAAACUUUCUCUCUUCCGAAUAUCAAGUCAUCUUCAUCCACCAACCUUCGUUUGGCGCCAUCACCGACAGAGCUCACAACGGGGAAGACGGAAAAUGCGGCCUCUGAGGUUCUUCCAGAUGUCCAAAAUGAGCAAGCAUCCAACACAUCCACUGCGGUUCCCCAUCCUUUUCCGCCACUAUCUGCCGCGUUGACACCACGAUUACACACCAGUACGGAUGAACGGCCGUCUGCUCUCCUGUCCACAACUUGCCCUAACUUCGUAUCUUCCAAUCCUCAGGCCAAUAAUGCACUAAGCCCACGGUCAUAUAAACUUCCCGGAUACCACUCAUUAGAGACCAUUCAUCACCAAUUGUCCUACACUGAGACUUUUCACCCCACUUCUAACGUCCGUCGAAGUCAAGCGAUGCGGCACUGCUCCGGUCCGAUGCAACUCUCGUGUGAUCGGUCACCUGUCGACUGUGCGGCCGCGUUCAAAUCCGAACGACGGCAAUGGUCUGCGACUGCGCCCAAAAGCAAUGUGUCUUCACAUCCAAACCUGGCCACGGGUCGGCCACUCGCCCACUCACUGCAAUUGCCACCCAGUCGUCAAAGCGUGGAGGAUGAUAAUCAUAUCGGCGGCUCCGCUGUGAUCACCAAUCCCCCUUACAACACCUUCGACCCCCACGCAUCGAUUAAUUAUUCUCCGAAUGCGCAUAUUCAUUCCACACCAAGUCCUCACGGGAAUGCAGCCAACUUUCGUUCACACAACUUUUUCCCUCAGGACUUUUACAAUCAUCCUACCAAUCCUCUCCCGUCCGGUGUUGGAGCAGCCAACUCGGAAAACACGGAAUUGAUGACAGCUUCACAACUUGCUCCCCUCGUAGUGCCCAGAGUUCCCCCCACAAGUAUUGAUUGGCGCAGAGUUUCCUCAGACUCUUCCAUUUGCACUUCUCUGGCGGCUUACCAUUCUACGCCUCGUGAUCCCCACUCUGCCUAUCUGUAUGACACUCAACUGACGUCUCCUCCGCGCCCAGUAACCUCCGUGUUACCUCACGCACAUUCGGCGACACGUUUCGGUUGCGGCUAUCCUGCUGCUGCUGGUACAAAGAAGCCGGAAUCAUUACGCAGGCAUUUCCCCACAAAUCCCAUUGCUAGCUCUGCCAUGUAUGCUGUCAACAGUUCCACUAGACCGCCGGAUCAUUUUCCAUUUAGCUGCGUGGAGCACCACAGAUCUUCUGAAGAGCAACAUCUACUUCCCCCGAAACGACCUUUCACCUCCUCCUACAAGGUGGCUCCUUUGUGUUUGACGAAUGCCACAGGUCACAAGUAUUUCGGCAUGAACAACCUCACUUUGGAAGGAUCCACACAGAAUGGCGAUACUCUUGCGGAUGCGGCUUCUGUUUCUACCAAAUUUGCUGCACAGCAUUGCCCAUCUGCCUCCGCCAAAACGGGAAUUGGGGACAAUCAUUCCGCUUUUCAACACGUGGAUCCAGUUCAGCCGCUAUCUGGCCUCUCCGCCGUAUCCACUCCGAAUAUCGUUGCACAACACACUGUCCCCCCAUGGUCCAAUGGAAUAGCGAAUGCCGCCCUACCCCAUCCGACUCGAAUAACGAACAGCCCACUACCAUUAGAGUUAAGCAGCUGUGAUCCGGUUGCUCUGGAUCGAUGUCUUCAAAUCCCAGAGGCGCUUCUGGACCUGGAUGAUGGCAGUUCCAAAUGGACUGGCCGGCGCGACAGCUGUACCAUGACUGCCGAGGUUUUAUCUGCUCUCUCCACCAUGCGCAGCGCCUCCCCUGCGUUUCCUCUGGUAAAGACCCCGGGUGUGGAUACCCCACCGACUACCGUACCUGGGCCCACAAAGGCCGUAGACCCUCCCGCUUACAAUAACCUUUUGCCUACUCUUACCGAGUCUCAGGACGAGUAUGGCUCAGGUGAGCAUUUUUCUCGCUCCACUCCCCGAACGAAUCUACGGCGAUCUGGGUUUCAAACGGUCGCCGACCAACUGGGUAUUUCCAUUACCUCCAAGGACUAUGAACUUCUCACAGAUCCCCAGUUGGUCAACUAUGUUACCGAUGAGACCACUGAAGCUCAGUUGCUGAAUUAA